AGUUAAUUAAUUAUGUGAGCGUGUGAUGCACAAGGUCACGUUUUACAACUUUAUUGCUGUUUAAGUUUAGAUUUGAUGUUUUGUUAACCACUUAGGAAACAUUCUGGAGUAAGGAAGUCUGUGUUAUGUAACUAUCUUAUCAUACGUGACGCCCCCCAGAGGCCCAAUGCGGAGCGUGACGAGCUAGCAGCCGGCCGCGCGGGGGGCUGAGUGACAGAAAGCUCUGGAAAUUCGGAGAACGGCUUGACCCUGCGCGGCUGGAGCGCAGAGUGAGAAUGAACGGCGAGUGGAACGGAGCGCAGAGCCCCGCGUCCCCGGGCGGCGGACACGAUGAGUCCGCAGACUGCAUGGAGAACAGUGUGCAGGAUACUGUAGUAUGUUUGGGCAAUGAGAUCAAGAGUCGGGCGGUGGUGAAAUACUCGGCUGCCCCACCGCCCACAACCUAUGCUCUUCUCCGGGAGAAGACAGACCUGAAGCUGCCCCCGGCAAAUUGGUUGCGGGAGAGUACCCAGCUGGGCCCAGCUGGCACCACCGUCCUCGGCUCCAGCAGCAAGAACAAGCCUUUCUCCAGGUUUUGCCCUGUAAAUUCUCUGUGCAGUUUUGGAAUGGCAUAUGACUUCAUCGACUCCAUUGGGAAUGAUGUUGAUGUUGUGUCAGACUCAGAGAACAUCAAGAAGCUACUUAAGAUCCCGUACAGUAAGUCUCAUGUCAGCAUGGCUGUACACCGUGUGGGGAGAACCUUGUUGCUUGAUGACCUGGACAUCCAGGAGCUAUUCAUGAGAUCCUCCCAGACUGGAGAUUGGACCUGGUUAAAGGAAUUUUAUCAGAGGCUUGUUGAUCAGAAGUGGCAAAGAAAAAAGAAGAGUAAGGAGCACUGGUACCAGAAAGCCAUUCUGUCAAAGUUUCUUUAUUAUAGCAUUAGUGGCGAUGGCGCUGCAGAGCCUGUCCCAGGAGACUCGGCCAGCUCCAGCAAAGGGGACGAGGGGUGCGGAGGUGGGGAACUUGGCCCCUCGUGGCCAGCCACUUUCACCAUUGCAAGCUCGGACCCUGAAGACUCUGCCAGUCCUGAAGAGGAGAGAGUCUCCAUGGACAACCAGUAUGCCCUGGGUCAUGUGGCAUCUGUCACCAAAGAACAGAACCUUCCCACUCUAUUUAAUGAGGGGGAAAAUAGUCAGGGUCUGAGGAAUGAUUUUGCGCGAAAUAUUCUCUGGACAUUUGAGGACAUUCACAUGCUGGUGGGUUCAAACAUGCCUAUUUUUGGUGGAGGGCGAUAUCCAGCCGUCAGUCUACGACUCAGGGAUAACAAUAAGCCCAUUAAUAUUUUGACGGGCAUUGACUACUGGCUGGACAAUCUAAUGUGCAAUGUCCCUGAACUUGUCAUGUGCUUUCACGUCAACGGCAUUGUACAGAAAUAUGAAAUGAUAAAAACAGAAGACAUCCCAAAUCUGGAUAACUCCAAGUUUUCUACCAGGGUAGUGAAAGACAUUGCUCAGAACAUUCUGUCAUUUCUCAAGUCCAACUGUACUAAAGAAGGACAUACUUACUGGCUGUUCAAAGCCAGCAGCAGUGACGUAGUGAAGCUGUAUGAUCUCACCACGCUUUGUGAGGAGACCGCUGAGGAAAAGUGCCAGAACCCUUUCACUCUGCCUGUUGCUGUUCUUCUGUACAAAGUUGCUAGCAACAUGAUGAAGAAGAGCCAAAACAGGAAGCAUUAUGGCACCAUUAGAACUUUACUUCUGAACUGUGUCAAACUUCUGGACCAGGAGAGACAUCCUCAGAUCAUCGCCUCAGCUCACUGCAUGUUGGCAGAGCUCUUUCAGCUUGAUGAGCCACUGGAGGAUGGCAAUGGGGAAUCACUCCGCAGCGGUGGCUCAGAGGACAGUUACAGUGAAGAGGAGGAGGAGGAGGAGCUGCCAGAGGACAGCGAUGAGAAUGGCUCCUGCAGUGGCUGUUCGAACCCAGCCGAUGCCAGCAGGGCAGUGGCUGUCAUCAAAUCUGUGGGAGAGCUCUCUGUACCCGAGAAGUACACCCACCAUAUCAGACCAAACUAUACAUUUCCUGUAUCCCAUGACAAGGAGGAGCGGUGCCGCCAUGUUCUUGGCAAUGUCUUAAGGGGUCUGAAAGCUGUUGACAGCACCAUUAAGAAAGAGAGCGACCUGCCAGCAGCUGACCCCAACACUCCCAUCCCUCUGAAGUAUGAGGAUGGCGAUGACAGUAGUGGACACAAUGUUGUUGAAAAAGAGAUCUCCCUGCUCCUUGAUAGAGUAGGUCCUGGUCAGGAAAACUACAAACACCCAACACGCUCUGGGAUGAUCCCUGGAUCCUGGCAGCACCGCAUAAAGCUCCAGCUCUUCCUGAAGGCCUCAAAGGCCUACUAUGUACUUGCAGAUGCAGCAGCUAACCUACUGAAGUAUGGCCGGGCACUGCGCUAUGUCAAGCUGGCACUGCAGUGUCAUGAUGCGUAUUGUGCUGUGAGCAGCAGUCUGCACCCAGAGGUGCUGUUUUUUCACAGCCAGUGCCUGUCACUGUGCGGAGACAUCCAGCUGAUGCUGGCCCAAAACGCCAGCAACCGAGCUGCCUACCUGGAGGAGUACAGCUAUCAGACAAAGGAGGACCAGGAGAUCCUGCAUAGCCUGCAUCGCGAGUGCAGCUGCCAGGCUUUUAAUAUGGCUACAGAUUUGGCCAUGGACCCAGAGUACCAACUGUUCGUGAGCUGCAAGUGCUACGAGGCUGCCUAUGAGCUGCUGACUUCAGGGGAGCUGAGGAAGCUUCACUCAGAACAGCUGGGCCAGGUGCUGAAGAGACUGGGAAACAUUCGCAAUGAGAUGGGUGUCUUCUACAUGAACCAGGCUGCAGCCAUGCAGACUGAGAAGGAAGAGAAGAAGGGUGUGUCAGCAGCUGAACAGGAGAUGUGGAAGAAGAGCUUCUCCUGCUUCGAGAAGGGCUUGAAGGACUUUGAGGCCAUCAGUGAUGCUGCCAACACAGCACUGCUGCUUUGCAACACAGGCCGACUAAUGCGCAUUUGUGCGCAGGCUCACUGUGCUGUCUCCGAAGACCUCAACCGUGGUGAAUUCUCCCCAGAAGAAGCACUCUACUACAACAAGGCGAUUGAUUAUUAUUUGAGGGCCAUGAAAUCCCUAGGCAAGAGGGAAAGCCAUAAAGCUGUGUGGGACUCAGUCAACUGGGAGUUGUCUACCACCUAUUUCACUUUGGCCACACUUCUCCAGGACUAUGCCCCUUUGUCCAGGAAGGCUCAGGAACAGAUUGAGAGGGAGGUGACUGAUGCCAUGAUGAAGUCCCUCAAAUACUGUGACCUGCAGACGGAGUCAGCCCGUCAGCCACUGUACCAGUACAGAGCUGCCACCAUUCACCACCGGCUUGCCUCCAUGUACCACAGCUGCUUCCGCAACCAGGUCGGGGAUGAGCAUCUGCGAAAGCAGCACCGCACCCUGGCGGAUCUGCACUACAGCAAGGCAGUUCAGCUGUUUCUGAGCUUGCGGGAUGCGCCCUGUGAGCUGCUCCGCACGCAGCUGGAGCGGGUGGCCUUUGCUGAGUUCCAGAUGGCAGGACAGAAUAGCACCUCUGCAAAACUGAAAACCCUCUUAGGAGCUCUGGACAUCAUGAUAGAAACACAUCAUGCCUUCCAGCUCAUCCACAAAGAACUACUUGAAGAGCAACAGGCCAGUGCUGCCAGUGAUGUGGCGGUGCCUGAAUCUCCUGAUGGCUCUGCUUCCUCUGGCUUAAACACAGAGGAAGUACUGAAGCUGAUUGGUGUCUUUGAGCCAAGCUUCUCCUUCAUCCUCCUCCACCUCAUGAAACUCAUGUCAACAAGCAAACGGAAGCCCGUCAGUGCCAAAGAGGAGGAGGCAAUGAAGAUGUAUAAGCAGGUGUACUCUCGCCUUCUACGUGCCGAAAAGACAGCACCUCUCAUCCAGCGUGUGGCGCUAUACCUUCAACUUCUUCAACAACUGACCCCAAACUCAGGAGAUAGCACCAACGGAGCGCCAAGAUGAGGACAACUGCAAUGGUUGAGACCAGUUCAUUACAAACGCAGGUCUUUUUAUUUUUUUUUUUAUUUUUUUUUAAAGAAAAAAAAAAAAAAAAACCCCAGCCAGACUCAAAAUGUACACUUGACACUUCAUCACCGGCAGUGCCUUGCUCAAAUGGAGAUUUAAAGCAGUUUUUUUUUUUUUUUUUUUAACCAUAAUGCACACCCUUGUUUGUAACAAGUGGUAACAAAUAAAAGCAUCAGCUUUUUCCUAAAGUGAAACCAUCUAGAUGUUAGUAAGUCAUUCUGUAAUAUAACAAAGUCCAUAGAAAUUGCACUGUAGUGAAUUGCCUGAAUUCAACAAGGGUGAAGACUUGAUGCAUAACUGGUAUAUUCCGGUUAGAGCUUCUGUGAAAGCUUAUUUAUAUAAAUCUUUUUUUUUUUUUUUAUAAUGAAUGUGCAAUAUCGGUGAAAAAUUCAGCACAUUUUUCUCGUUUAUCCAGGUUACAGUUGUGUGUUUGUGUAUGCUAGCAUGUUAAUUGCUUGACUUCAAAUAAAGUUUGAAUGCAUUUAGUACACUGACCUUUUUGUUGUAACUAUUUUAAUCUACACAUUCUUUAGGUGUUUUGGUUUUGCCUUGUACCAUUUUAAGGUAUUCUGCUUAGAUACUGGACAAAUUGAUAAAAACUUAAGCUGAACUAAUUGCAGACACCAAAAAGCUAUACAAUGGAAGCAAGUCACAGUAGACAGACAGCAGAGGGUGAAAUACCACGAGUUGUACCGGGAAUGUUAACUAAUUUGUAAAGAAAAUCAAUAAGGGUUCAAGACAGCUUCUUAUUUGAUGUUUAGUUAAUUGACAUUGUAUGACACAUCUUUGAUAUGAUUGUUUUAUCAUGUGUUUAUGUACUUGUGAUCCGUUGAAAGGAAUCCAGUUCAUUCUUAAGUAUUUUUCUCAAGAGAAUGCCAGGAGGGCCCUUUGAACAGGUAAAAUUCAUUACAAACCCAUG